UAGAGUGGCCGCAGGUAUUCAACACAGCAAAAUUCUCUCUCCUCAUUCGCGAGAGAAUCUCUGAAGAAAAGAGAAAAGUGUUUUGCUCGAGUUUUGUGUGAUGAAAAACUAUCGUUUUUUCCGGCAUUUCCUCAUUUUUCCACGUUCAUUGUACACCCCACGGAGACCUCAUUCAAUUCCUGCCGCACCGGCUCGCUCUUUGAGGAGAGAAAAUAAUCGAGGUGCUCUCAGUAUUCCGUCAGUGGUUGAGGUGAACGGAGGGCUUUUUUCUCGUAUCCACCAGCUGAGUGUCUUCAGUAGAAAUCCAUUUUUGCCACAAUUUCCAUCCAGCUGCAGUUCUCGUGCUAUUCACGCGGUGCCAACAAUGUCGAAGAGUAAGGAAUUCAGGCGCCUACCUACUCACGUAGUCCCGACGCACUACGAUUUGGAGCUGCGUCCUGAUUUGGAGAGGUUUGUCUUCACGGGCAAGACGAAUGUCAAGAUUCAGGUACGACAGUCGACAGAUCAAAUUGUGCUAAAUGCCCUGGAUGUGGCAAUUCAAAAGGCCACCGUGAGCAUUGGUGGGAAUGCCGAGAAGACAGCCAAAGAUAUAACAUUUUCAGUGGAUCAUGAAACGGCAACGUUGCAAUUUGAUUCACCCCUCCCGCUGGGGGAUGGGGUGCUCUACAUGGAAUUCUCCGGGGAGCUUAAUGAUAAAAUGAAGGGAUUCUAUCGGAGUAAAUACUUCACGCCCGCUGGGAAUGAACGCUAUGCUGGUGUGACGCAAUUCGAGGCAACGGACGCACGUCGGUGCUGGCCGUGUUGGGAUGAACCAGCCAUUAAGGCAACCUUCGACAUUACCCUCAAUGUUCCGGCCGAUCGAGUGGCCCUGUCAAAUAUGCCCGUGAUCAGUGAAACAAUCCAGGAGGAUGGAUGGAAGAUUGUUAAGUACCAAACAUCACCCAUCAUGUCCACUUAUUUGGUGGCCGUUGUGGUGGGUGAAUAUGACUUUGUUGAGGCAACAAGUGACGAUGGUGUCCUCGUGCGUGUUUACACGCCAGUGGGGAAGAAGGAACAGGGGCAAUUUGCACUUGAGGUUGCCACCAAAGUUUUGCCAUACUACAAAGAUUACUUCCAAAUAGCCUAUCCCCUCCCAAAGAUGGAUCUCAUAGCAAUAUCGGAUUUCUCAGCUGGUGCUAUGGAGAACUUUGGGCUUGUUACCUACCGUGAGACAUUUGUUCUCGUCGACCCGGAAAAUACUUCGCUUAUUCGGAAACAAUCAAUCGCACUAACGGUGGGACAUGAGAUAGCACACCAGUGGUUCGGGAAUCUCGUCACAAUGGACUGGUGGACAUAUUUGUGGCUCAAUGAGGGAUAUGCGUCCUUUGUUGAGUUCCUGUGUGUCAAUCACAUCUUCCCCAAGUAUGACAUUUGGACGCAAUUCGUCACGGAUAUGUAUACGCGUGCCCUUGAAUUGGAUUGCCUGAAGAAUUCCCAUCCCAUUGAGGUGACCGUUGGGCAUCCCUCGGAGAUUGAUGAGAUUUUCGAUGAGAUUAGCUACAAUAAGGGUGCAAGUGUCAUACGUAUGCUACAUCACUACAUUGGGGAUGAUGAUUUCCGACGUGGGAUGCAUAUCUACCUGACGCGACAUCAGUACAAGAAUACACGUUCGGAGGAUCUCUGGCUUGCCCUUGAGGAGGCCAGCAAGAAGCCCGUUGGUGCUGUAAUGUCGACGUGGGUGAAGCAAAUGGGUUUCCCCGUUGUUAGUGUGAGCAGUCGUCAGGAGGGGACGCGGCGAAUCCUCAAGCUGAAGCAGGAGAAAUUCACAGCAGAUGGGAAGAAGGCUGAUGGGAAUGUGUUGUGGAUGAUACCAAUAAUGGUGUCCAUUGCAAAGAGGCCGCAGCAUGUGGCGGAAAGUUUUGUGUUGGACAAGGAAGAGACGGAGAUCACGUUGGAGGGCGUAGAUGCCAAAGAGUGGGUUAAAGUGAAUCCCGGUACAAUUGGUUACUAUCGCACAAAGUAUCCGCCAGACAUGUUAGAGGCAUUUGUGCCGUCAAUCCGGAGUAUGGCGUUGCCACCACUUGAUCGUCUUGGGCUCCUCGAUGAUCUCUUCGCCAUGGUCCAGGCAGGACAUACAUCCACAGCUGAGGCACUGAAGCUAAUGGAUGCCUAUCGGGAUGAGAAUAACUACACCGUAUGGUCAUGCAUUUCCAGUUGCCUGGCUAAGUUGCAGCUUCUGCUGUCGCACACGGAUCUUGAUGAUGCCUUCAGUGCCUACGGGAGGAGGUUGUAUGAGCCGAUUGCGAGGAAAUUGGGAUGGGAUGCAAAGGCGGGGGAGAGUCAUUUGGAUACGCUGCUGCGGAGUCUUGUGCUGAAUCGUUUGGUUGCAUUUAAUUGUCCCAUUGCCACGGAGGAGGCAAAAAAGCGCUUCCGGCUCCAUAUGAACAGUCAAAGUACUCUUCCGGCUGAUCUGAGAAGUGCCUGUUACCGUGCAGUUCUCCAAGAUGGAGAUCUCAAUACAUAUGAGGAGAUGCUGAAGCUCUAUCGUGCAACGGAUUUGCACGAGGAAAAGGAUCGCAUUUCUCGAGCUCUGGGUGUUGUGAAAGAUGUCGACAUUCUCCGGAGAGUUAUUCAAUUUGCAAUGUCUGAUGAGGUUCGAGCUCAGGAUUCAGUCUUUGUAAUUGUGGCCGUGGCUAUGAAUCCCAAAGGUCGUGACAUGACAUGGAGUUACUUUCGUGAGAAUUGGCGUGUUCUGCUGGAACAGUACGAAGGUGGCUUCCUUCUGUCGCGCCUUGUGAAGUAUCUUACGGAAAAUUUCGCAAGUGAGGAAAAGGCCAAAGAAGUUGAAGCAUUCUUCAAGGAACACCAAUUCCCGGGAACUGAGAGGACUGUUUCGCAAUCUGUGGAAACAAUUCGUCUCAAUGCAGCAUGGUUGCAACGAGAUUUGGCUUCAACCACCGAAUUCCUCAAGAAUCAUUAAAAGAACAAAAAAAAUGUAAAAGAAAUGUUCGCGAGGUAAGAAUUUGAGAAAAUCAACCACAUUUACUCUCCAACUCUACAUACGGUUAUACCAAUAAUAUCGUUUUUUUUUGCAAUAAUUUCGAACGAACCACAGAUUUUGAACCAUUUUUUUUAUUCAUUAAUUCAACACCCUCUUUCUUUGCUAUUAAUUGUAAAGUACAAAAUAUAAUAGAGUUGCCAUAAUUGCUUUAUAUUUGUGUGAGGAUUUUUUUUUAAUAGUAGGAAUGUUUGAAGUUGCGAAAGCAAUUUAUUGUGUAUUUUCAAUUCAUAUUAAAGUAAUAAAAGAAAAUAUUUUCUCAAAUUUAAA